GAGAUACUCGUCUCCGCCCUAACAAUGAGUUGUUGUCCCAAAAGCGGGAAGGCAGGCGACAUGGUCCAAAAUAAGCAUAUAGAAACGCUAAGGGAAACGCUUCUAUAUUGAACAGAUUUAGGCGAGAGUGAACCCUCUCGUUUCGCCUCUUCUUCUCUGGUUUUUGCUGCGGCCACCCAAUGGCCGCGACCCAGAAUCAGAGAAGACAAAAAAUGCCCAACAAGACAUUUAGCUAUAUGAAUAGCAAAACCGCAGAGAGCCUAAACUGCUCAACUAUUUAGCGUUUUCUUAAUUCUAUGGAAACGUAUUUUGAGAGCGGAAUUGGUACGGAAAUCAAAAUGCCUUGUCAAAAUCAGCAGCUGAACAACAAUGACAGACAAGAACACGCGGCAAUGAGCAGCACCAAGCAGGUUCGGUUUGCUAGCUGCGGAAACAGCGUUCUGACAGAGUCCAAUAGAGAUGCAGAAGUAGCCGAAACUUGUGAAAAUGUAUUCAACAGUGAACUACUGAGGCAGAUCGGAUCGCAAUUAAAACUGCUUCCUUUGAAUGACCAAAUACGAGAAUUACAGACCAUCAUUAGAGACAAGUCUACUAGCAGGGGAGAUUUUGUAUUUUGUGCUGAUAGAUUGAUCAGACUAGUGGUUGAAGAGGGACUCAAUCAGCUGCCAUACAGCGAGUGUACAGUGACCACUCCCACAGGGCAUAAAUAUGAUGGUGUCAAGUUUGAAAAAGGCAACUGCGGUGUCAGCAUUAUGAGAAGUGGCGAGGCCAUGGAGCAGGGCCUCAGAGACUGCUGCCGGUCCAUCCGUAUCGGUAAGAUCCUAAUCCAGAGUGACGAGGACACCCAGAAGGCCAAAGUCUACUAUGCAAAGUUCCCCCCAGACAUCAGCAGGAGGAAAGUCCUCCUCAUGUACCCCAUUCUCAGUACAGGUAACACAGUGAUUGAGGCUGUGAGAGUUCUGACUGAACAUGGUCUUCAGCCCAAACAUAUUAUCCUCCUGAGUCUCUUCUCCACCCCUCACGGUGCCAAAUCCAUCAUUCAAGAGUUCCCAGAAAUCACCAUAUUGACCACCGAGGUGCACCCUGUGGCUCCCACACACUUUGGCCAGAGGUACUUUGGGACAGACUAGUCAGCCCUCUAGAGCCAUUCAAUGGGACACCAUACUAUGAGAACCAACCAUUGAAUGGUCCCUCUGUCAGUUUGUCCACUUAUUUCAAAAGGAGUUGUUACCCUGCUGAAGAUUCUUGCUUUGCUGUGUACGCCGCCUUAACCUGUGCUCCUCAGUCUGACAAACAAUGCAAAGAUUUUCCUGGAAAC